ACUGUGGCCGGUAAAGAAUACAAGGAAGUAUUUCGAUUCCUUCGACGAUGGAGAGGGAAGACUACUUCCGGAGUACUAUCAAGAAAACACGCCUCUAUCUUCUACGAGUAUGCGUAUUUUAGGACUAGUUUUGAGAGGGGUGGUCGCGGCGGCGGCGGUGGUUUUGGUGGACGUGGUGGGGGUGGCCGUGGGGGCUUUGGAGGCGGAGGGGCUAGAGGCGGAGGACGUUCAAGUUUUGGAAGAGGAGGCGGCGGCGGGGGUCGCUCUAGCUUUGCAGGAGGAGGUCGUGGUGGACGAGGAGGCGGCCGUGGGGGAGGUCGUGGGGGCGGCAGAGGUGAUGGAUUGAAAGGGGGAAAAACAGUUGUAAUUGAACCGCAUCGUCAUGAAGGAGUUUUUAUUGCAAGAGGUAAAGAAGAUGUUUUGGUGACGUUAAAUCUCGUUCCUGGCUCAGAAGUUUAUGGAGAAAAAAGAAUUUCAGUAGAGAAUGACGGAAACAAAGUGGAGUACAGAGUAUGGAAUCCAUUUCGCAGUAAACUAGCUGCAGCCAUUCUUGGUGGGGUGGAAUACAUUCGCAUGCCUAUAGGCAGCAAAGUGUUAUAUCUUGGGGCUGCUUCUGGAACCACAGUGUCCCAUGUGUCAGAUAUUGUUGGACCCGAAGGAUUAGUAUAUGCAGUUGAAUUUUCUCAUAGGCCGGGUCGAGAUUUAAUAAAUGUGGCGAAGAAAAGAACCAAUGUCAUUCCAAUAAUAGAAGAUGCUAGACAUCCACAUAAAUAUAGAAUGUUGGUGGGAAUGGUUGAUACAAUAUUUGCAGAUGUAGCACAGCCUGAUCAGGCGAGAAUCGUGGCAUUAAAUGCCCAACACUUCUUAAAAAAUGGUGGUCACUUUGUCAUUUCUAUUAAAGCACCAUGUAUUGAUUCUACAGCAAAACCAGAGGCGGUGUUUGCUGCUGAAGUGGAAAGAUUGCGGGCCGACAAAUUUGUACCGAGACAACUAAUUACGUUAGAACCUUAUGAAAGGGAUCAUGCUGUAGUGGUUGGUACGUUUAGGUCACCGUCUUGAAACCAAUGAAAUAGUUGUAAAUGUGUUUUCCAUAUUAAGGGAAAAAGUAGUUUAGUUAUUACAAAUUGUUUUAUAAUGUAAGAUAUAAAGUUUUUGUAACAAA